AUGAUGGAUUCAGCAACGUGCAUUAAUGACCAAAGCAGCAACGUUUCUUGGCAAAUCGUCAAGUACACGAAGCUAGCUGGAACUCGUUUGGAAAUAUCAGUAUCACCUGGACAAUUUAUGAAUCUUACUUAUAAUAAAAGUCGUUGCUUUCUAAGUGUAGUGUACAAUUCAUUCACACUUGAAGAAUUUCCUCUGUCGGGGAAUCCUCGGCCGACCAUUCGUACCAAAGAGAAGGAUAUUUUUGUUCAUCUUGUAUCAUCAAGUGGUGCUACACUAACUAGAUUUCGCUUGAAAUUUGCAAAUCAUUCUGAUCAUGCUUCAUUUGUUGAACUUGUGUCAUUUUUUUUUCAAGUUCAACGAUUAUCGAGCAUCAAUAGUACGUCUGAUUUCAGUCAGUCAUUAUCGGUAAGAACAUUUGCUAUUCAGUUACCGAUUCCUUUCUUAUCGAGUUGCAUCAGUCAUCCUUCAGAGCCUACAUCAGAUUUGCAUUCUACUCAGACUUCAUUUAGUCAAGUCUUCUUACCUAUGAAUAUUAAACGUGAUCCGGCACUUCAAGAACGCAGUGCAUUUAGCCAACCGACUGCUGUUGAAGAAAAAGUUUAUGAAGUAUUAAAAUCAGUACAGUACUCCGCAAAAAGGAAAUUUUAUGAAUUCUCUGAAUCUGAUCAAGUACCAUUUCUUCAAAUUUCAAAUUCCCAAUCUUUGAAUUCUUCAGCAGUUUCGGAAAUAAUUGAUCAAAAAGUGCCAUGUACAGUGCAUGAUUUUCACCGAACUGCUAGCCAUGAAAGUAUGCAUCCAUCGAUUAUGAAUUUUGCAAAACGACCGAAAGAAGAUGUGGGUGUUCAAACGAAACCUUAUUUAUCUAUUGAUGAUCUAAUGGAUGAUACAACGCGUUUAAAGGAGUAUUUAUCAAGAAAAUUAAAAGAUCAGCAGUUCCUCAAGUUUGUUGAAAAAUGCGCGAAAGUUUUUGAAGAAGUUGCGAAAGGUAAGUUUCAGUUUUUUUAACU